UCUGCAGGACUGGAUGCAUCAGCUGUUCAGGAUCAUUGUGGCCUUCACAGAAGACCCCAUGUUUGACAAGUUCAUCCUGUUUGUGGUGGUGCUCAACACAGGGACCCUAGUGGCCCAGACAUUUGAAAGUGUGACUGUGAGAGGAGGGUGGUUCUUCUCAGCUUUGGAUUCCGCUUUUCUGGCAAUCUAUUUAAUGGAAUGUGUGCUGAAAUUGCUUGUCUGGGGUCGACUCUACUUCAAAAACCCAUGGAAUGACCUGGACUUUUUCAUCAUUACGAUGAGCCUCAUUGACUUCCUGCUGCCACUCAUUGAGUCUACAGGGAACUUCAGUGGAGGUCAGGCAUCCACAAUCUUCCGCAUCCUCAAGCUCUUCAAAGGGGUCCGGGCCAUCCGAGCGUUCCGGGUCUUGCGUACCAUCCGCUUUCUCCAAAAUCUCCAGUCCAUCGUGUCCACCUGUCUCCAGUCUCUCCAGUCCAUGGGGGCCAUCAUCAUCCUCAUGUUCACAUUCCUCUUCAUGUUUGCUGUAAUUUUCCGAGAGAUGUUCAACGAGUCUGACCCGCAUCGCUUUGGCACCAUGUUUCGGACAAUUUUCACUCUGUUCCAGCUGCUCACGCUGGAUGACUGGGCUUUCAUCUACUCUACCAGCCGAGACAACGGUGCACCACAUAUUAUCAUCUUCCUUGUCCUGUACAUUGUGGUGGAAUACUUCACUUUCCUCAAUCUAUUCAUUGCUGUUCUCGUCGACAACUUCCAGAUGACAAUCAAGAGACGGAUGGCGUCAAAGAUCCAAAAGUUCCAGGAUAUAUAUGAGAGCGAGAUGCAGUCAAUGAAGAAGUUAGAGCCCCAGCCUAUUGAACCACAGACCGAUGAGGAGUUCUAUGAAGAGGCCCUCAAAUUGACCUAUAGUGAAAAUAAGUAUGGAAAGAGGGAGAUAGAGCUGAUCACCAGCUACCUCAGACUGCUGGCAUCCAUAGAUCAGAACCAGCAGACUUUCCGCUCUCAGGGCUGUGUUCUGGAGCGUCUCAUUGACACCUUCUUUGAGGCAACAGAGGAGGACAGUCAGGGGAAUGACCACGAAUAGAGAAAUAAGGGUCAAACCUUGUAAAUAAACCCUUAUUGCUUUAUCCAGAGCAGUGAUGGCAACUCAGAUGUUAUACUUUGAGAACUCAUUAAAGUCAUGAA